AUGCAGGUAGCAGAAAUUCUAUCUGAUAUCACCUCACUACGGGUUUGUGGCCACAACGAAGCCCUUUCCCUCGUGAACGUGAACCAGCCUGUCACAAGAAAAAGCGAUACCGAUAAAGACAGCUCAGCCGUAAAUGCCUCCGACGAAGCACCCGGAACCCAGGACAAAAAGCAUGAAGACUUGCAACGGGCCAAAGAACUGGUCAAGCUGCAUUAUGAAUUCAAAUCAAGACACUCCAACGGUGAGGUGGAUGAUGCACUGCGAAAGGCCCGCGAAGAUGUGGAACUUGUUCUGAGCGAGCUA